UCGUCGAGUCCGUGGAACAUGACCAACAUGGACCAGGCGUCGGCCGCACAUGAAAGCCCAAACACGUCAGCAGGCCACCACUCGCCAGCGCCAGAGAGUCAGUAUGGUGGUGGUGGUGGUGGUGGUGGUGGUCGCAGAGCAAACUCACCCUCGCAGUGGCUCGACGAGCUGCCCACGGCGGUGCGAGACAGGCUUGUCGUGACAAACGCCUGGGAGGACUUUGAGCUGGAGCACGAGACGGGCCACAUUAUGAACUACCUCGACCACGUCGUCCCCUUCUUCUACCCCUUCUACCGCCCGCCCCUGAUCUCGGGCGGCCGGGGGUGGCAGCUGUUCCUGCUGCUCAAGGAGAAGACCAUCUUCCACACGGCCAUCAGCCUCACGGCAUACUUCCUCACCGUCGCCUUCCACUCGACUCGCGACCGCCCGGCCCUCCAGCGCGAGACGCACAACGCAUGCCAGAGCGCCGCCUGGGCCGACCUGCUCAAGCACCAGGAGCUCGCCAUCCGCACGCUCCAGCGCGACGUCGCCCAGCUGUCCAAGGACUCGAGCCUGCGCGACUCGAUCAGGGGCCUGCAGAGCAUCAUCCAGCUGCUCGAAUUCGAGGUGGCCAUUGGUAAGAAGACGAUUGCGGACGGCAGCGGGGGGAGUGAGAGCACCAGCAGCAGCACCAGCAGUAGCAGCUGGCUGCCACAUCUCAAUGCCGCGCUCCAGCUGUUCAACCAGAUCCUCGAACGCCAACGGCAGCAGCGCGGACACGAAGCACUGCCCUUUACACCGCCGCCGCCGCCUCAGCCCUUCUCCUUCUCCACGAAUGGUCUGUACACACAGCCUCAGUCCACCACAACACAGCAGCACCCCUGGCACGCGAUCACAAAACAGCUCUCGCACGCCGCCUCUCCGGCCUAUGUCCCGCCGACCCCAAACUUCAGGCCGCCCCUCGCCAAUGCCGAGUCGGCCCUGCACUUCUACACCGCGCGCCUGCUCUACAUUGACAUCAUCGCGGCCACGACGCUCGACCGCGUCCCUCUCCUCGAGCCACACCAUGCCGCCCUGCUCCUUCCAGGCGGGUCGUCACCGUCCCCAUCGUCGUUCGAUCAGUAUGGUGGCGACGACGAAGGCCAAGAACCAGCGAUAAACCUGGCCGAGCACGUCGGCAUCGAGAACUGGGCCCUCCUGGCCACGGCCCAAGUCACCGCCUUAUCGGUGUGGAAGACGCAGAUGCGCGCCCAGGGCACCCUCUCGAUCGUGGAGCUCGUCCGGAGGGCCGGCGCCAUCGAGCAGGGCAUCCGCGACAACAUUGCCCGACUCGCUCCCGUGCUGGCCGCCGGCUCCUCGCAACAGGGAAACACCAGCGCCUCCACGAGUGCCACCACCACCACCAGCAACCAAACCCCCGUGCCGCAGCCCCCUCCGCCGCGCAUCGUGUUCGACCCAUCAGACUCCUCAUCGGGGGGAAGGCACGCCAGCAUCGGCAGCCCAUCGUCGUUCCCGACCUCAAUGUACCCAAUCAUCGCCCCCUCCCCUUCCUCGACCACCACCACCACCACAACCUCAGCCUCCUCCUCCUCCUCCUCGCCGUCACUAUCGCUAAUGUGCCCCGCGGUAGCCCUGCACUCGACCAUCCACGCCCGUGCAACGCUGAUAUACCUCUCCUCCACCGUCUCAGGCCUCCAGCCCUCCCUGCCCGAGAUCCGCACCGAGCUCGCGCACCUCCUGCACCUCUUCACCCGGCUACCCCACGCGAGCUGCCUGCGCACCCUGCUCUGGGCCUUCACCGUGGCCGGCUGCGUCACCACAAACCCGGACCAGAGAAAGGUCCUGGAAAGCGCGGUCGAGCUCGAGAUGGGCGACAUGGCCGUCUUCGGCGCCGCCAAGGAGGCCCUGGGCAUCCUGAGGGCGGUCUGGAGGGUCAGGAACUGCGUCGGGGUCGCGCUGGGGGACCCGUCGGGAAACGGCAACAUGGAGGACUGGAGCCUGGCGGCGUGUUUGAAUAUCCUGGGGCACCAGUCUUUGCUUGCGUAAAUAAGCAAGAUCGCCUUGAUUGUCUUUUUGGGGGGGAAAUCAUGUGCCCGCCUGUUAUUUGUUCAGUGUUUCAAGUACAGCGAGAGCGCAAAUUGCAAAUGGGGAGUCGCAAAACAAUUGAGGCUCA